GGAAUGAGCAGUUGAUUUGCGAUGGAUCAAGAUCAAGAGAAGGUACCUUUGAGAUCUUCAGCUUCAUCCGAAAAUCACUUAGAUUCAUCGGUGACGAGUGAACACAACCGAGAGAAGUCUGGAGUUCAAUGUGUACAAACUUUUGCUGUCAAAUGGCAACAUGGUCUCACCCUUUGACACAAUACUCCAUAAGAACUUCAACGGCAGUGCAGACUUACAGUCAGCCUCCAUGGAGGAGCAUAUCUCUGAAAGUAUGAGCAUCACCUCAGCUGACCAGGAGAAGGUGCAGCUCCUCAACAACAACACGGAGCUCCGCGCAGUCAACAAAAAGCUGAUGAAACUGAAUGAAGACUGGGACCAGACGUACCGCAAUGCCACCCUGGGGUUCCAGCGCAGGCUGGACAGUUUGGAGGGGGAAAAUGCCACCCUCAAAGACCUGAACACCAAACUGCUCCUUAAAGUCGAGAACCAGCAGAGUGCAAAGGACUAUUACGAGCAGGCAUUCAUGUUGGAGCUGAAGAAGAAUCAAGAACUCGAAGAGUAUGUCAGACUACUGGAGGGCCGAAAGUACCAGCCACCGGUUGAAAAGCAGGACAGGGUCUGCGAGACCAUCCCUGACCUCUCAUCCUCAAGCUCCCCCUCAUCAUGUGUUGCAGCUGCUUCUUCUACUCUGGAUGCAGAGCCUCAAACCAAACCCCCAAGCAGCGACUCCCACCGAGAGAUUCAGGAGCUAAAGAAGCAGCUAAAAGCAAUCAGGUGUCAGACAGAGAUCUAUGAAGCAGAAUAUCGGGCGGAGCACAACAACCACAAAAGCACACUGCAGGACAAUCAGAGGCUGAGAAGAAAGAGGGAGGACCUGCGACAACAGGUGGCCUUACUGCAAGAGCAGCUCAAAGUAUACGAGGACGACUUUCGACGGGAGCGGUCAGACAAACAGAUGCUGCAGAGGCUGCUGCUGGAAAAAACAGCACCCAACAAGGACCCGGUGUUGGUGCACCGCUGCAAUAACGCACCCCAGCCACAGGAAGGAGACGUGUGGACUCGGACUGCGGCCAAAAAGCAACACCACCCUCUCUGUCCCAAACAUCCAAAAAGGGGCAACGACUGAGGAACAACAUGAACCAGGCCCUCCGAAAUUAUUCUGAAUGUUUCACAAACAUUCAUGAAAUACUGCAAAUAAUUAUGAUAUAACACCAUUGUCCCAUUACUCUAAAAAUAUAUACAUGUAUAUAAAUUAAUACAACGGUGGUGAGCGUAAGAAUAGAUAAUGUAAAAAAAAAACAACAAAAUAUAUGUAUAUAUAUAUAUAUAUAUA